GCAAAACAACAUACCCGUUACUUAUCCCGUAUUAUGGAAUAUAGCGAGGAAAUUUUUAAUUUCCUUUCCAUCGUCAUACCUAGUGGAAAGGGGGUUCAGCGCUGUUACCAAUCUCCUAACGAAAAAAAGAAAUUGAAAAUUGACGUCAAAUGUUGAUAAUUUAUUAUUAAAGCUAAAAAUAUUGACUUAUUGCUUAUGCUAUUUUAUUUAUA